UCACUUGUACCUUACGAGCGGGGUCAACCUACUCUCUUCGAGUCGUUUGUCCUUUGUUCUUUUCCUAAUUCAAUAAAUCGAACAAAUAUAUUCCCUCUUUCUCCAUUCCUCCGUUGUACGUUUGUUAUCUUGUAAUUUUGUUCGGACCCAUAUUGUUAUUUUUGGAAUCUUGGAAAAUUAUAAUGAUUUCCGAGAAUUGUUUCUGUCUGUAGUUUUGAAUUUUUGCUAGCAAACUCGGUUUUAUAAUGAUGCUCUUAAAAAUUGUCCAUCUGUAGUUUAAUUUUGUUGUUGAACAAACCCAGUUAGUUUACUUUCUGGGUUUCGAAGGGCAAAGAGAAAAAAGGAAAAAAAGUCAGCUCUCUCGUGUGUAAAUUCGACUGUGAGCAUAGAAUUUGGCGAACAAAAGAAGUGAUGGUCAGAAAACACGGAUGGCAGCUACCAGCUCACACCUUACAGGUUAUUGCUAUCACCGUGUUUUGCAUCCUAGUCGUUGCAUUUUAUGCUUUCUUUGCUCCUUUCCUUGGAGGCCAGAUCUGGGAGUAUGCUCUCAUUGCUGCCUACUCUCCGGUGGCACUCCUUGUUUUUAUUCUUUAUGUUCGCUGUACUGCCAUUAACCCAGCAGAUCCUGGUAUCAUGUCCAAAUUUGAUCCCGAGUUAACAAAGAAAGCAAAGGAAAAGCACAGAUCACUUACUCAGGGUCUGCCAAUAAAAUUUGACGAAAUGAGUAAUGGAGCUCAUUCACCUUUAUCUUCGACUUCAAGAAGUUCUAGAGCAGGAGCUAACUCAAGUAAGAGAGGUUCGGUUGAGUCUCUGAGAACAACUAGUCAAGUUAUAUCUCCAAGAAGGAAAUCAUCUUGCUAUAAUUUUGGAGGAAUAUUCUGUGUGAUGUUUGUACAUGAAGAUUGCUGCAGAUCAAAUGAGGCUGCUGAACAGGAUGGUACAGGUGAAGAUGCCUUGUUCUGCACAUUGUGCAAUGCUGAGGUAUCUAGUGGAUUGGCACAAUUUAGUUCUCUAAUUACUCAUAUAUUUCUUUCAAUUAUGGUCAUAGAAAGAUAUGUUCUCUUCCCUAUAAUGUCAUUGGAGAUGCCAUCAGCCCCAAUAAAGUUCAGCUAUAUUAGCAUAGCCACAUCUACGUGUAUAAAAGAUCAGUAUCAGGAAGAAGUUGCACCUCAGCUGGGACCUGGAAUGGUACCGUCUACAGUUGAUCCAGAUGCUGCUGGAUUUGGUGAAAAGGGAAACAGAGCACCGAAAAGACAAGUUCGUAUCAGUGCAUGGAAGCUUGCAAAACUAGAUUCCAAUGAGGCCAUGAAAGCAGCUGCAAAAGCGAGGGCAUCGUCCUCUGUAUUGCGUCCUGUUGAUAACAAUCGCUUGCUGGAUUCUGAAUUAAGUUCCAGUGAGAAUGCGAGUGUUAGAAGCAGCUUGAGCACUGAAACUGGAGGAAACAAAAACUUUAGGAACGAGUUGAAACUCUCGCCUUCUAGAAAUAUUCAUGCUCCGAGUCAAGGCAGCCGUGAUGAAUAUGAAACCGGCACCCAUAGUGCGAGUAGCUUCAGCAGUCCCAGCCAUGUUCACGAAUCAGUCACGCUAAGUCCCCUUCCUCAAGCUCAUGGUUUGAGCCACUUUGUUACUACUAAGUCUGCACCGAAAGGUAUGGCUCCUGACCACCCUGUAACCUCAAGAACCAAUCUCCAGGGUAACAAUCCUCCAGCGUUGCACACUUCAUUAGGGUUUGAUGAAAAGACCAUGCAAAAGGGUAGCACUGCAGACCCAUUACUACUCUCUGCUCCUGCUCUUGCUUCUGCCCCAGCUCCAGCUCCAGCUCCAGCUCUGGGUCUGGGUCUGGGUCUGGGUCUGGGUCCAGCAGCUUCUCUCCUCAGAGAUGUUAAAAGGACUUCUGUGGUUUGGGACCAAGAAGCUGGAAGGUACGUCUCUGUUCCAGUGUCAGCUUCAGAAGCCCGGAGAAAAUCAUCUUUACAACCAGGAGUAUCAAACCCUAAUACAGCACUGAGUAAUUAUGAGAAGAAGCCAGCAGUUCCUCCUCGGGAUCCUUUGCAGCCACCUGCAGUAAAGCCUCCAGUCCAGCAGUCCGAGAAGCUAAUGUACACUGGCGAGUCCAUCUUCUUUGGUGGCCCACUUUUGGGAGCUCCAAUUAGGGAUGGUUUGAGAGCUGAGACAGGCUCAAGUUCAAGAGAUGGCCAAAAUAGGUUGCAUUUAAAUUUUCCUCGAGAAACGAGAUUCAAGAGGGACACUACCUCAAACCAGCUUCCAGUCUUUGUUCCUGGGGAUUUUGAACCGAAUUAUUAUCCAUCUGGGUCAGGUCUGAAGUAGUAAAUCUUAAUCCCGUAGUAUUCAUUCUUCAAUUAUUGGGUUGAAAUUGGGGAGUAUUAGAAGAAACCCCCCGAGGGAGCAGCUUUUGAACUCUCCAGAACCUUUUCCGAUCAAUUGCAGCCUGCAAUGCAACUGAGUGACUAGGUUCCAGCAUCUUUAUCUCGAUGGUGACUUUCCGAUCAGUUCUUCCAUUAACACGAAAGUAGUUGUUGUAAUCAGAGAUGAUGAAUGAGAGAUCUCCAAUUUCAGGCUACAACCUAAAUUAAUUUCUCUUGUAUGUAUAACCGAGCUGCAUUCGUGGUCCUAGAAAAAGAUCAUAUCCAUCUGAUUUGGUUGUACUUUGAGCUUGAUAGGUGUUUCCCAUUAAUCCAUUGCUCAGUUUGGUUGUUCACAAA